AAACUGUAUCACAUGCUCCCUGUCUGUUUCCUUCUGUAAAACAUCAUGGCUUUUGAGGCGUGCAGGUUGCCUCUGUGCAAAUUCACCUUGUUGUUCUUGUUUUCUCUCUUCGUUUUUGGAAAGACACAGCGUAAGGGCUUCGGGAGGUUCAAUCAAGAGCAGCACAGCAGCACAGCAGAUGUGUUUGGGGAGCAGUGGUUCCUUCAGAAACUGGAUCACUUCAAUGGUGCAGACAGUAGAGAGUGGAAGCAAAGGUACUUUGUAAAUGAAGCCUUCUACAAGCCCGGUGGUCCGGUGUUCCUGAUGAUUGGAGGAGAAGGGGCAGCCAACUCAGCCUGGAUGCAGAGCGGCACCUGGCUCACGUACGCCGAGAAACUGGGAGCGCUGUGCUUGAUGCUGGAACAUCGCUUCUAUGGAAAGAGCCACCCAACAGCUGACCUCAGCAACGACAACCUGCGCUUCCUCAGCAGCCGCCAGGCGUUGGCUGACCUGGCACACUUCCGCACCGUGAUGGCAGAGGACCGAGGGUUGACCAACAGCAAGUGGGUGGCAUUCGGCGGGUCGUACCCCGGGUCUCUCGCUGCUUGGUUCAGGCUGAAGUUUCCUCACCUGGUCCACGCCUCCGUGGCCACAAGUGCACCUCUUCACGCCACUGUGAACUUCCCAGAAUACUUGGAGGUUGUGUGGCGUUCGCUGGCCUCAGAGAACGCAGAGUGCCCCCUGCUGGUGAAAAAAGCUUCAGAUACCCUUCUUGAGCGCCUGAAGGACCCGAAGACCUAUGACAACAUCACCAAGGACUUCAGCCUGUGCUCAAAGCUGCAGAUCCAGACAGAGAGGGACUCGGCCUACCUCCUGGAAGCGCUGGCGGGCAACUUCAUGGAUGUUGUCCAGUACAAUGAAGACAACAGGGCGUUCGAGGGCGUGGUGGGUACCAACGUCACCAUCAAGGUGCUCUGUGGCGUGAUGGGUGACACUUCACUGGGGGACCCUUACGCCCGCUAUGCUGCCGUGUCCCGCCUCAUGAUGGACACCUUCUCAAUUAAAUGCCUGGAUGCCAGCUUCGACAACUACCUCAGAGACAUGACGAACACAUCCUGGGAGGGGACGGCUGCAGGGGGAGGGCGACAGUGGGUCUAUCAGACCUGCACUGAAUUUGGAUUCUACCAGAGCACCGAUUCCCCAAACCAGCCAUUCUCCGGCUUCCCUCUCGUAUUUCACGUUCAGCAGUGUGCAGACUUCUACAACGUCAGUGCUGAGCAGGUGGCCGAGGCCGUAGCCCAGACCAACGAGUAUUACGGCAGCUACGGCAUCUCCUCCUCCAGAAUAGUGUUUCCCAAUGGGUCCAUUGACCCAUGGCACGCCUUGGGAAUCACCCAGGGCACCAAUCCUGACCUCCCAGCUGUUUUCAUCAAAGGAACAGCCCACUGUGCCAACAUGUACCCGGCCAGAGCAGAGGAUCUCCCCCAGCUAACUCUUGCCCGUGAUCACGUCUUCUUGCUCCUGCAGCAGUGGUUGAAGGAGUGACUGACAGACGAACAGGCCAAUCAGAAGCGUUUCAACGCAGACUAAUUGCUUUUUUGUCCCGAUCAUUGACCACCACGUUAUGACUUCUUAAAAAGGCACUUUACAAGAGUAUCAGCAGGUACAAAGUUCAGGUAUUUAAAAUGAAAGAGCCCAUUUUACACGAAUGAAUAAAGUUCUUUUUUUAUGAUUA